CAAUAUCGAACAUUAAAAUCGUAUCAGACGCGCAGAUUUUUUUUCGCAAAAAUUGGCAAUGGCAAUAGUUUAAAAGCACGAUGCUUCUCAUGAAAUUUUGCAUUCCGAGUUUUCGCCACUUCGUCAAAAUGAACAGCACCCUCAAAACUUUCGUCCUCUUCUGCUGCUUUGCAUAUGCUGUAUGCGAAGCUCCACCCAUGGGCGGCGGAAUGGGACAGAUGGCAGGCACAAUGGGACAAAUGGGUUCUGCAGCAGCUGAAAUGGCAGGCAAAAUAGCAGGAAAAGGUGCAAAUUUGGCAGGACAAGUCGGAGCGACAGGGGCUGAAAUGGGAGAGAUGGCGCUUGGCACUGCGGCAGGAAUGGCUGGUUAAUUUUGUUUAGUUUGAAUGGCGAAAAUUUUUAUUUAGAAUAAAGUUCAUUUGGCUAUUAGGCA